CUUUGAACCGGAAGAAGAAUUAACAUUCGUAAGACGCAAUUUCCGGUUAGCUACGCGUCAAAUGCUUACAAAAACCCAAGCUACACACAUUAAAUAAACUAUUUUGAGUGCAAAUAUUCCAAAAUGGGGAAGAAACACAAGAAACAUAAACCGGAGUGGAGAACAGUCGAUGACUACGAGGACAAGGCAUUGGAGAAGCCACUUAAGCUAGUGCUCAAAGUAGGAGGCAGCGAGGUGACAGAACUCUCAGGUUCAGGCCAUGACUCCAGCUACUAUGACGACAGAUCAGACCACGAGCGCCACAAAGAGAAAAAAAAGAAGAAGAAGAAAAAAUCAGAAAAGGAUAAGGACAAAUAUGUGGACGACGAAGAGAGAAAACGACGAAAGGAGGAAAAGAGGAAGAAGAGAGAGCGCGAGCAGACUGAAUCUGAGGCAGGUGCAACAAACGUGGUCAGCACUGGGGCGCCUGUCGAACCUUUCACAAUAUCCAAAACAAGUAUCAAGAUGGAGCCAGAAGAGAAGAAAAGGAAGAAGGAAAAGUUGGACAGCGGGGCUAAAUUUGAAGAAUUUCACCCUGGUGUGAAAGUUGAAGUAGAGCACCAAGGGGAAAGGCCAGUGCGAGCAUGUCGGACACAGCAUGAGAAUGAAUCCACUCCUCGGCAACUAUUACUCGAGCAUUUCCUGCGACAGCUACAGAGAAAAGAUGCCCAUGGUUUCUUUGCCUUCCCAGUAACAGACGCAAUUGCUCCCAAUUACUCAAUGAUCAUCAAGCAUCCAAUGGACUUCAGCACCAUGAAGGACAAGAUUACAAACAACGAGUACAACACAGUGACAGAAUUCAAGGCGGAUUUCAAACUGAUGUGCGACAAUGCCAUGGUUUACAACCGUCCAGAGACAGUCUAUUAUAAGGAAGCCAAGAAACUUCUUCAUACUGGUUUUAAGAUGAUGAGCAAGGAUCGACUGUUGGUUUUAAAGCGCAGCAUGUCUUUCAUGCAAGACAUGGCAGCCAUUUUGGGAGAUGAUGAACUAGAAGCUGAUAUACCUACAACGGAGACGACUCCUAUGCCGGUAGAAUCUGCCAAAAAGUCCAAAAAACUACCAGUGAAAGACAUGACCUACCUGUUUGAGUUAGAGGGUAAUGCCUGCAGCCUGACAGACAGCACAGCAGAGGAACACGUUCUUGCCCUGGUGGAACAUUCGGCAGAUGAAGCCAGAGAUCGCAUCAACAGAUACAUGCCAAACUCAAAGAUAGGCUACUUGCAAAAGGAGUCCGACACAUCUCUUGUGUACACUGUUGUCAAUCAGGUCGAUCCCGAUGCAGAAGAAGAGGAAACUCACAAAGUGGACUUGAGUUCAUUGUCAAACAAGCUUCUUCCAGGAUUAACAACACUGGGGUUUAAAGACGACAGGAGACACAAAGUGACUUUUCUCAGCAGUGCCUAUAAUAUUCAGAGCCUUCAGAAGAACUCCGUCUAUCCAGACUUAGUACCUGAAGAGUCAGAAUUGCUGUGUUCAGCGUAUGGAGAUGAAACGGGGGUACAAUGUGCUCUGAGCAUUCUGGACUUUGUGAAGGGCUGUGGAAGUGUCACUAGGCAUUGGGUCGAUGGACUUCUGGACAAGAUGACAGCAGGCGAUCACACGAAAGCUUCCAAUCAGAUACGUCAGAAGAGAAACAUGCUGAAACCUGACGAAACCAAGACGGGUCUUUGUGACAUGCAGGGGGCAGAUGGCCAUGGUCUUGGAGAGAGCAGUUCAGUGUUGGACUUCAUGUCUCUAAAAAACUACCCCGAUAUUUCUCUUGAUAUAUCCAUGCUCAAUACACUAGGUAAAGGUGUGAAAAAGGAGCCAGGAAACGAGGAGGGCCAGCAGCAAUUUGAUGACGCUGACAAGCUACUGCAGGAGUUUCAGGAAGCUCAGGUGGACAGAGUCGGCUCCAGGCCUUCGUCCAACCUGUCAUCCCUCUCCAACGCCUCCGAGAGAGAUCAGCACCACUUGGGGAGCCCGGCGCAGUCCGAAAUGGUUCAUGAUCCAUAUGAGUUCCUGCAGUCUCCAGAAUCCGAGAGCCCAGCCAACAACUGACCACAUUAUUUUAUUUUUCACUGUGACUUUGGCUGGUCAAAUAUAGUGGCCACAACACAAGCCAAUGAACUUUUUUGAAGGCUGAAUGUUAUGUGUACAGACCGUUUAUUGCAGUGGUCUUAAACUUGCAGCCUCGGGGACAUUUUUGGCUCAUGGGACAGUAUUUUGUGGGACCCUACUUAGAUAAUUAAGUUUUUUUUUUCUCAAUACUUACAGUACAAGCUAACAUGAUUGAUUGAAAUGUAAUUCCAAAGUGAUUUACAGAUGGAAGGAAAAUUGUGUGACAACACAGUCAUGGUUUUCGCAAACUUGCAAGUGAAGGAGAAGGUUGGGCACCAAUGUAGCCAAUUUCAGGAAAAGUGACACAUUUUUUUAGUUGAGUACGUGUGCAUCUCAACGGCAAUGUGUAUUAUAUGCACAGAGAAAGAUGUAUUGCUCAACAAAUACAACAUGAUAUACCAUUACUUAACUAGAAAAAUGCUGAGGAAUAUACAAUAGCAGAGAGACUUGAAAGCAGAGCAGGUAACUCUUUUUUUGUAAAGAACUGUUCAUGUUCUUAACUGUUAAUGAUAGAUUGAAAAGAUCGGAUUGCUUGUACUUUUUACCCAAAAUCUUGCACGUUUGCCCCCGAGUAAGAUUGAGUUUAAGACUUCUGCUUUAUUUUUUAUUUGUAUUUUAUUUUUUUUUAUGUGUGCUACGUUAAAAAAAAAUAAAUUCUUUCACAUGUAUUUAUAAAAAUGUGUGGUUUAAUACACUGCACCACAAAAACAUGCUCUUCAAUUAUAAUGUGUGUGACUGCGCUGUCAGCUUUUCCCAGUCAAAAUGGAUUGGACGUCCAACACGUCAAUAGCAUUGGAAGAUGAGCAUUCAGAACAGGGGUGUUAACAGGAUGCCAGGUGUGGGUUGGAAUUAGUCUUACUUAAAAAAAAUCUUUUAAAAAAAAAAAAAAAAAAAAAAAAAAAAGGCUACAAUGCUCAAGUAGGUCGAAAUCUAGCGUAGGGCUACUGCACCUUAAAACA